GGGAAUUAAAUGAGUAUUUUCGCUCGAGGGAGGAGGGUUUUUGUUAAAAUCAUCUCUUUCGGCUUCUAAGCGGCAUCACGCGGUGCCUCUGUUGCGGACAAGUUUCUCUGUAUCGCUCGCCCCUUCGCGGUGCCCUACUCAACAGUCUUCACCUCUUCAGCUACAUUCUGCUCGAGAAAAUGACUGCUAAUGAAGUUGCUUCUGGUGUUUCAAAUUGCUAUGUGUUCAAAAGCCGGUUGCAGGAAUAUGCUCAGAGAUACAAGCUAUCAACGCCUGUAUAUGAGACUGUCAGAGAAGGCCCUUCACACAAAUCUUUGUUUCAAUCGACGGUAACAGUCGAUGGUGUCAGAUAUGAUUCAUUGCCUGGAUUCUUCAAUCGUAAGGCUGCAGAGCAAUCAGCUGCGGAGGUUGCUCUCCAGGAAUUAGCAAAAUCCAGUGAGCUAAGCCAAUGUGUUUCACUACCUGUUCACGAAAUGGGGUUAUGCAAGAACCUUCUUCAAGAAUACGCUCAAAAGAUGAACUACGCGAUCCCAUUGUAUCAGUGCCAAAAGAGGGAAACUCUCGGGAGAGAUCAAAAUUUCACAUGCACUGUGGAGAUCGGAGGCAUAAAGUACACAGGAGCUGCAACGAAAACUAAAAAAGAGGCUGAGAUAAGCGCAGGGAGAACGGCUCUUAUAGCUCUCCAGUCGGAAUCUAAAAUUGACAUUUCCAACUACAACACUCAGCUUACUGUACUUCCAUGUGAGAAGAAGACAUUGGAGGCAGCAAGCCCACUGAAAGAAACCAUCAAGACUCCAAAAGCCAGGAAGGCUCAGUUCAAGAAGAAGGCUCGGAAAGGAAAGCGCAAAGUAGCCAAGGAUCUUGUAGAUAGUACCAUCCCUCCUCAACCUACCGAGCAUUGUCAAAACGAUCAGCCAGAGGUUAUUGAGAAAACGCUUAAUCUGGAACCUUCUUCCUGCAUGAACGGGUUUAAGGAAGCAGCAUUUGGGAGUGUGGAGACAGAAGCAAGCCAAGCAUAAAAACUGUCUGAAGAUGAGAGCUUUGUGAGUUUGUGAUUGUAGUUGGUUAUAAUUAGUGGUGACAGGGUUGAAGAGAAACAAUAUUUCAACGGAAACCCAAAGGGAAAAGAAACCUACAAUUGAUAUAAUACUUUUGGUUAUGUUGAGUUACUCUAGAUAAGGAUUUGUAAUAACGAUUCUUUGUUCUAGUAUCUAAAUAUAA